ACGAGGAGGAGGAGGAAGAGGACGGGGAGACUGCCCCCCUGCUGCCGCCGCCGCCGGGCAGCGGUUCUUCAAGUCGUGGUUCUUCCUUUGCUUUCUCAGUGUUUAACUUAAUGAAUGCAAUCAUGGGCAGUGGGAUACUUGGCUUAUCCUAUGCCAUGGCCAACACAGGGAUCAUGGGGUUUAGUAUCUUGCUGCUGAUUGUUGCCAGCCUUGCUUCUUACUCUGUGUUUCUUCUGCUCAGUAUGUGCACUCAGACUGCUGUCACUUCUUAUGAAGACCUUGGCCUGUUUGCAUUUGGAUCAGCUGGAAGGGUCCUUGUUGCAACUACAAUAAUUAUCCAGAAUAUUGGAGCCAUGUCAUCUUAUCUGUUAAUUGUGAAGUCUGAACUUCCUGGGGCUGUUGCGGGGCUUUUGAGCGGAGCCGAGAGUGGGUCUUGGUACCUCGAUGGGAGACUGCUGCUGCUGCUUACUUCAGUCUGCAUUGUUUUUCCUCUUGCCCUUCUUCCUAAAAUUGGCUUUCUUGGCUACACAAGUAGUUUAUCAUUUUUCUUUACGGUGUACUUUACUCUUGUGGUUAUGAUUAAAAAAUGGUCGAUCCCUUGUCCUCUACCUCUGAGUAGUGCCGUAGAGACUUUACAGGUUUCCAAUUCUACUGGGGAUUGUAAAGCAAAGCUCUUUCAUCUUUCAAAAGAGAGUGCGUAUGCAAUACCAACUAUGGCCUUCUCUUUCCUGUGCCAUACCUCAGUCUUGCCAAUCUAUUGUGAGCUCCAAAGUCCAUCCAAAAGGAGAAUGCAGAAUGUAACUGUCACAGGAAUUGGUCUGAGUUUCCUAAUUUACUUCAUGUCUGCUCUCUUUGGGUACCUGACAUUUUAUGACAGAGUGGACUCUGAGCUGCUACAAGGUUACUCCAGGUACCUGCCCCAUGAUACCAUCAUCAUGACUGUGAGAGCAGCCAUUCUGUUUGCUGUGCUCCUGACAGUCCCUCUAAUCCAUUUCCCAGCAAGGAAAGCUGUGUUGAUGGUAUUUUUCUCUCAUAUUCCUGGGUCGUGGAUUUGCCAUAUCCUUGUCACCUUAACACUGAAUGCAGUUGUUGUUCUGUUUGCAAUGUACGUGCCAGACAUUAAAAAUGUAUUUGGAGUGGUUGGUUCAACCACAUCAACAUGUCUGCUUUUUGUAUAUCCUGGACUAUUUUAUCUUAAACUUAACAGAGAGGACUUUAUAUCACCACAGAAACUUGGGGCAUGUGCCUUGGUUAUUUUUGGCAUUUGUCUUGGCCUUCUCAGUUUGGUUCUAAUAAUUUUCAAUUGGGUUGCUCAAUAACAGCUAUUGGCACUGUCUGAACUGAGCUUCAGGAGGACAGCAAGAACCAGGGAGGUGCCAACACUGCUGCAAUGAGUGCUGGGCAUCCUAAAGGAACACUGACCAAAGCAGCCAAUGGAAGAAGUAAUGCUCUUUUCAGCUCCAUUACUGAUGGUCCUUCUUUGAGUCACUCUCUUCAGUUACUGGACAAUUCUUCUUUGCCAUUCUAAAAUAUGACUUUUUGAUGAUGUAAAAAUGACAGAUAAAAAGGUCUUGAGAAUACCUGCAAUGCAAAAAUGGUUUAGGGUACAUGGUGAACAAAGCAGAAACUUGAAAUAACUUGUCCUUUCAAGACAGCAAGGUGAAUAGACAUUACAUCAGUCUUUUUCUGCAUAAUGUGACAUAUACACAUAAGAUAAUGCACAUUGUCCUAAUCCUUGAAAGACUGCUGUUGCUUAAUUUCCAAAAUUUCAGCCAGUUCACAUUAAGAACUUGUUGAUUCCAAGUGUUUACCCUAAUUUAUCCUAAGAUGGAUCCAGAGACCAACUGCCUUAGCUCAGUUUAAUGGGCAUGUCAUGAUAAUACUUGUUAAUUGUUUUUUAAAAUACAGUUUUUCUAUAUCAGCACACUUGACUCAUCCUGAUGUAAUUUUCAAAUUAACAAGCUUUGCCCAUCAAGCAUAAUAGCUUUUAGUAGCAUUUCAUUUUGGUGUUUUCAUUUUGCAGUUAAUAAUAAUAAAUUUUUCAGUUUAUAUCUGCUUUUGAGUAGUACUCAAAGCACCUCAGUAUUCCUCCAAGUGAUUAUUCUCUUUUUCUCUCUUCCCAUUUUUACAAAUGUUUCAGGUUUCAACUAAAGUGGUUCUAUAUUUUAUGUUCUUUUCUGUGUCAGAGAAGAUUUGGUCUUAGAAGAUGAAAAUCUGCAUCAGUUGAAAACAAGGGGAAAAUUUAUUUUUAUGGAACCCUAAUUUUAUCUCAGAUGUCUAUGAACUUCCAUGUAGUCUUUUAUGAUUCCUUUUUUUUUAACCCCCUGAAUGAGAAUGCAAUUUUCAACACCAACAGGGCUUUUUUUGAGAUGGUCUUUCCCACAAGAAAAGUUCCUUAUUUUAGUAGAUUGAAAGCAGUGGCUGAGAUCAAGGUGAGGUUUUUAGCAUUUGCUUCUAUCAGGUGGGAUCUGAUGGCCCUAAAGUGGCCUUAUCUCUUCAGAGAUUUCAUGCCCUAAGGAAGCAAAGGCCGAUACAAACACAUGUGGUGAAACCAGGGAACUAACUCAGAAACUUGGUAGAAAAUGAUCCCUGGAAAAGACUGCAGUCAUUUUUAUAAUAAAGUUUCUAGCAGAGGUUUCUUGACUUCAUGUAAGCCAUGUGAUAGUUCAGCAGCACCAGAAGCACCACAUCCACUCCUGGUUAGGAGUUCCCAGCCCCUCCUGUGGCACUGGCAGUGGCUCCUAUCAGCAGCUCCUGUCAGCAUGGUUGCUCUGCAGAAAACCAAUGUGACCACAAGAUGUAAUGUUAUCUGCCUAAAAAGUGAACUUGCCUUUAUUUUUCCAGUUUAAACUCCUGCUAACCAGGUGUAGGUGCCUUCCUGCCUGUGGCUGCUCUCUGAUAGCUGAGUCCCAGACUUUGUUACAUUGCAAGGAUUCAGAUGCUCAUGGAAUCUCUGGCACUGCUGUAGAAAUAAAUAUAUAUAUUGUGAAAGUGUACCUUGAGUCAGCACUGACAGCUGCACAUCAGGAAGUGAUUUUCUGCCUGAUUGAACCAAAACUUCUUUGUAAAACAGGAGACCUUACACUGAUGAGAAUUAACUCAGGGAUUUUUGUCAGACACUAGAAUUUAGGGAGUGUAUUUAUUAGAAAUUUUAUGGAAAUUGUUUCUCAUUUAUUAUCUGCUCUUGUAACAUACUGUUGAGUAGUACUGGCAGGUCAUUACUGCAGUCACUUUUAUUUUAAACUCUAACCAAUAAUGUUUAAGUCUGAAUACUUAGAUUAUCUGUGAGGGAACAGAAAGUUGGCAAAGCUUUGCUAAGCUUUUGCUCUUCCCUCCUUUCCCUGGAAAAGCUGAGUCUUACUGUGCACUGUAAUGCUCUGUUGCCCUCAGGCUGUUUGGUUUGUGUGCAUCAUCUUGAAAAUGUGACUGCAAAAAUACCUGAAAUACAGUGUUAAUUUUACAGUGGAUUCCUGUGGUGCUACAGAAAUCACUACAGUAUUGUUUUUAAUCCUUGGGUAUUAUCCUAACUAGCCUGGCUAUAGACUGACUCUCCUGAUAGGUGGACUUUGGAAUGAUGAAUUCCAGUGUAUGAAGUAAAUACUUGAUGAGGAUGAAUGGAAGCAAUUCACAGCUCUGCUGAGCUCUAUUAUUACAUUUUGGCUGUGGUGCAGAAAGGAGAGCACAGGGGUUUACAGAAUGCCUGUUACCUUUCAUCUGAAAAAGAGCUAGAAAAGCUGCUAGUUCAGAGUUUCUGUAGUUCAUAACUUAAAAAAUGGAGGGAGGAAGAGAGGGGCAGAAAAAGAAUUUGUGUUCCCAAAUUUAGAAGGUAUGAGUGUUGUCCACAAUGAAAAACCAGAAUAAUUUAUCCUUCUCAUCUCCCAUGGCUGUGCUGCACAUUGUGUCUCUCAAGGGUUUUUCUACAAUUGUGCACUUCCAUGAAGUUUUUGAGCAGAAGAGGCCUCCAGUCUGAAACAGUUCAUUUAAAUGCUGACAAAUAUUUUCUUCAUUAUUCUUGCAUACAGAUAUUUUUUCUUCCAAAUUUUCAGAUUUAUGAAUUUCAGUGAUUCUACUUUAUUGCCUGUCAUCAGCAUUUUCCAGCCUUCUUCACUGAAGACUUGACAGGAAUGGAUGAAGGGACCCACAGCAUUUCUGAACUCACUUGGAAAGGUUCCCUUUCCCCAGUUGAGCAGGAAGAACAAUGUGAGAGAUGAAAAUUAAUUGGUGUACUUUGAUUUAUUUUCUCUUUUUCUCCUAUUUCCAUUCCUUGUCCAUUUGGAGGCUGCUCAAGUUUCAGCUGGACUGGUAAGCUGGGUGUGAAGAGUGGUUUUUGCAACCAGCCUGGCAGGAAGGAGACUGCCAAACAACAGUGCUCAAAACUAGGAUUAUUGUAGAACUCCUGUCCUAGUUAGAUUUAAUUUAACACUUUACCUGAAAUCAUUGUUUUCCAGUUGAUUUUGAUGUUGAGACUGUUCAUUGUAGCUGCUCUCCAUACAAAGAAACCUUUGGACAUGUUUACUCUAACUGCCAGUGGGAGAGAAUUUUCAGUAUUAUAAAAGUGCUGUGUAAUUUCUGCUGUUUGUGGUGGUGGUGGUCUUGGUAUUUGUGUGUUUCAGCAGUGUUCACUCAGCCAUGCUUCAUGUGGAAAUGGAAUCCCCAAAAGAAAUUAAUAAUGCUCUGGAUGAAAAAAUUGCCCAGCUCAUGUCAAACCUAUGUGUUGUACAACAGAUUUUCUGAGUUCUUUUUGCCUCAGGAUCAUUGUGGAACAGCCAGGGCAUGUUCCAAAAAAUGACCAGCAAGAAAUAAAGAACAGUUUACACUCUA